AAUUAUGUUUUGUUUCUUUCAGUUUUCCGCAUCAUGAAGACAUUACUGUGUUACCGACUUUAUAUGAUUUAUGUUUGGUCCCUACUGUUUGCUGAUACUGAGGGAAGUUGCUCCAAAGAUGUUACGGCACUACCAAAUAUGCCUCUCCGUCAACCGAGCAGAAUAUGGGACGAGAAAGAAAAUCUUGGUAUAAGUGAUGACAAUCUAAACUAUGAGUGGUACAGUGUUGUACAUAAUGGGUGGCAAUAUAUUAUGGUUGACUCAACCACUAAACCUGACUAUACGAGCUGUUCUACAUACUAUCCAGUUUAUUUAGAAGGUACCCAUCCAUCGAUAGAUUCAUUAACUGAAACACCAAUAGACGCCGUGGCCUGUAAACGUGAUUAUUUGUUUCCGUGUGAUAUACAGCAUCCAGUGAAGAUAAGAAAAUGUGGAGAUGAUGAUAUUCAGUACUACCUGCCCCCGACAAAGUCAUCUAGUGCAUUCUGUUUCAAUAAAUAUUCCCAACUGCGCAUUACACCAAAUAUAUCAGAUGUUGAACUUGGAGACGUAGACAUAUCACCAGAGCUCAGAUUCAAUGAAAAUGAGUUUAAUACUCCAUUUGGAAAGUCGACACAUUUUGACCCGUAUUUUCAGUUCCGAUGUUUGUUCAAUGUGCAAGCGGAUUUCUAUUACAAGGUUAACUGGUACGUGAACGGGGCCCUUCUGGUUUCAUAUGGCCCUACAACAGACAUCGAUGGAUUACUUUUUCAUCAGAGUGUGCUUAUUGACAACGAUAUAGAAAUGGGAUUCGAUAUCUAUUGUGGCGUCAGUGCCCUUACAUCUGAUAAUGCGGAUGCCGGGAUAACAGAAAUGGCAUUUAGUAGAAGCUUUUUUGCCGGCAUCAAAGUAUCAAAUACAACCAUCAACAUUGAUAAAGGUGACACAGCGGUUCUUCAAAUGACAUCAACAAUGCCAAUAGGCUGCAGAUAUGCUGAUCUACCAGCGGGUGAAGAUUGUAUUGAAAAUUUUCAAAUUUUUAACCGUGAUAAUGAAGACAUACAAUGCGAGGCUGGCGUUGCUAAUUUAGCUGGACUACAACCAAACCAACGAUGCUCAAAUGGUCUGCAGACGUUAAAAAAUGGAUCAACUUGGAACCCUGAUACAGUGUUCAAUUUCUCGAUAGUAACAACAGACAUGAACUAUGAUGAUAAACGGCUUUUUUACCUUUUGUUACAAUUUCCCGAUACAAUGGGUCAUGCGAUUUGGAGGAAUUAUAAAUUUCCAGUGAUUAAGGUUAUCGUAUCUGACAAUGGCGAAUACAAAUCAAAGAUAUGUUACUCUCACAUAGACCCACAUAUGAGAUCAGCUGACGGCGUAUAUUAUGAGCAACAAACAAAGAACGGUCAGCCUUUUCCUGGUGUGUUCAUGUUAUAUCAUAACACGAAAUAUGGAAUCGAGGUUCAAGAAAAAACUAAGAUAUGUAAUAAAAGGGCGACGUGUGCCUGUGGUGUUGCUAUUCGAGCCGGUAAAGAUGUUUUCAUGAUUAAUAGGUGUGGCAGUAUAAACUACAUUGGUUUUACAAAAUGCGAAGACGGUGGAAUUUUACAAGUUGUAAGGAUAAAUGAUUACACAUACGAUGUGUUUACCCCAAUAGGUACUAAAAUAACAAUUAGGCUAUACAGCGCAUACGAUACUUCAAUGAAUAUAGACAUAACAAUGGCACCGAAAGACUUGUUUAACAUUGAGGGACUAUGUGGCCAGUUUGACAAUAAUCCAGCCAACGAUUUUCGACAUAGAGACGGAACUAUUUCAGAAAACAAUGGAGCUAAUCGAAACAGCAAUUUUGCAGACUUCACAGAAAGCUGGAGUUUGACUUUGGAUGAAACAAAGCCGCUCAACUUAUUUCUUACAGGACAUAGGGAUUUAACCAGUUGGGGUGAUUUAAAUGGUAUGUUUUGUGUAUGUAACAGCUCUACGUCAGUAGCAGAGGCAGCUUGCUAUCCCACCCAAUAUUUGAAUUGUACAAUGAGCAGAUCAAUAACUGGUACAAAAUGUCACGUACCAAACAGGAGGAAAAGAAGUGCUAAUGACAAACAUGACAAAGAAAUAGAAAGAUUACUUCAGUUAAUGUCUUCAACAGAAGAAAAUACAGCUGAACUUGAAACUAGGAUCAAGCGUCAAGAUAUCAAUAUAAUUACGGAUACAGAAGCUCAAAAACUGUGUGCAGACAAAAUUUCCGGUAGUCUAGCUGUGCAAGGAUAUUCAGAAGUUAUUGGCAAUGAAGAUCCAGAUGAAGUUAUAAGACAAUGUACAUUUGAUGUAAUGGUAAGGAACAUCUUUAAUUAA